AUAUUCGAUUCCCAAUUUAUAGCCAACCAAAGAAGACUCGGUCCUAAACGAACCAGAAUAAGGCAACACAAAAAGUACUAAAACAUGACGUGAGCAAAGACGUUAGAUUCGCCUCCAUUAAUUCAUCUGAUCUUCUUCCACUGUCUUCUUCAACGUGCACACGUGUCUGUGUAUAUAUAUCUUGAAUGUCUGAAUCUGGAAGAACAAUUCAAGACCGCGUACAAAACUAAAUCCAAUCCAGACAAGAAACCGUCGUUGUUUUGUCUGAUCACAUAACACAUUUCAGUUUAUAGAUCUGCAGAAUUUGUUUUUUGUAUUUUUGUUCUGUUUUCUUUUGAUUUUCUUCUUCAUCCUGUAAAACCUAGAAUUUUGUUUCUUCAACCAAAAAUGAACAGAGAAGUCUCUGAGAGAAUUCAUAUUUUGUUCUUCCCCUUCAUGGCUCAAGGCCACAUGAUUCCAAUUUUGGACAUGGCCAAGCUUUUCUCGAGGAGAGGAGCCAAGUCAACCCUUCUCACAACCCCAAUCAACGCUAAGAUCUUCGAGAAACCUAUUGAAGCAUUCAAAAAUCAAAACCCUGAUCUCGAAAUCGGAAUCAAGAUCUUCAAUUUCCCUUGUGUAGAGCUUGGAUUGCCUGAAGGAUGCGAGAACGCUGACUUUAUCAACUCAUACCAAAAAUCUGACUCAGGUGACUUGUUCUUGAAGUUUCUUUUCUCUACCAAGUAUAUGAAACAACAGUUGGAGAGUUUCAUUGAAACAACCAAACCAAGUGCUCUUGUUGCCGAUAUGUUCUUCCCUUGGGCGACAGAAUCUGCUGAGAAGCUCGGUGUACCAAGACUUGUGUUCCACGGUACAUCUUUCUUUUCUUUGUGUUGUUCGUAUAACAUGAGGAUUCAUAAGCCACACAAGAAAGUCGCUACGAGUUCUACUCCUUUUGUAAUCCCUGGUCUCCCAGGAGACAUAGUUAUUACAGAAGACCAAGCCAAUGUUGCCAAAGAAGAAACGCCAAUGGGAAAGUUUAUGAAAGAGGUUAGGGAAUCAGAGACCAAUAGCUUUGGUGUAUUGGUUAAUAGCUUCUACGAGCUGGAAUCAGCUUAUGCUGAUUUUUAUCGUAGUUUUGUGGCGAAAAGAGCUUGGCAUAUCGGUCCGCUUUCGCUAUCUAACAGAGAGUUAGGAGAGAAAGCCAGAAGAGGGAAAAAGGCUAACAUUGAUGAGCAAGAAUGCCUAAAAUGGCUGGACUCUAAGACACCUGGUUCAGUAGUUUACUUGUCCUUUGGGAGCGGAACUAAUUUCACCAACGACCAGCUGUUAGAGAUCGCUUUUGGUCUUGAAGGUUCUGGACAAAGUUUCAUCUGGGUGGUUAGGAAAAAUGAAAACCAAGGUGACAAUGAAGAGUGGUUGCCUGAAGGGUUUAAAGAGAGGACAACAGGGAAAGGGCUAAUAAUACCUGGAUGGGCGCCGCAAGUGCUGAUACUUGACCAUAAAGCAAUUGGAGGAUUUGUGACUCAUUGCGGAUGGAACUCGGCUAUAGAGGGCAUUGCCGCGGGGCUGCCUAUGGUAACAUGGCCAAUGGGGGCAGAACAGUUCUACAAUGAGAAGCUAUUGACAAAAGUGUUGAGAAUAGGAGUGAACGUUGGAGCUACCGAGUUGGUGAAAAAAGGAAAGUUGAUUAGUAGAGCACAAGUGGAGAAGGCAGUAAGGGAAGUGAUUGGUGGUGAGAAGGCAGAGGAAAGGCGGCUAUGGGCUAAGAAGCUGGGCGAGAUGGCUAAAGCCGCUGUGGAAGAAGGAGGGUCCUCUUAUAAUGAUGUGAACAAGUUUAUGGAAGAGCUGAAUGGUAGAAAGUAGAGGAAGAGAAUAUGUUUAAUGUUCUGAGAUAGAUUAUUGACUUUGUGUUCCUCUUUGGAGUUGUUCUUUAUGUCAUCUUAGCUUUUGCUACUGUUUAGUAAGAGAAAGUCCAUUGUGUGUUUCUAUAUAAUAAAGAAUAGACCUGAAGAUAGGCAUUUUCAAGUUUCUGCUUUAAGAUACCAAAUCUUCGUUGUGCAUACUUUUUACUUCUUGUGAUCUUACUAUGUGAUUUAUAUGGCAUGGAUUAUAUAGGUCGG